AUGUGUAUAUGGGGGUGGUAUUACUUCGACUACUGGGGGAAAGGGACCAAAGUCACCGUUUCCUCAGCUCAACCAUCGGCGCCGAAGUCCAUCUUCGCCCUGUCUCAGUGUUCUGCUGGUUCUGAUUUCCUUACCGUCGGCUGCUUGACCAGAGGUUUCUUCCCUGCGGACUCACUCACUUUCAAGUGGAAGGCUCCUGGUGAUAAAACUCUGGAUACUUUCGUGCAGUAUCCAGCGUUCGGUAGUGACGGAGACUAUACCAAAAUCAGCCAUCUGCGUGUGAAAAAAAGCGACUGGAAUCCUCAAAACCCUUACAUAUGUGAAGCUUCAAAUUCAGAAGGCAUUUUAAAAGCUGAAGUAGCUCCACCAGUAAAACGUGUCACUGCACCCACUAUUGCUCUGCUGAGUACAGAGGAAGGUGAUAGCAUCGUGUUGCAGUGCCAGUUGAAGGAUUAUUACCCAGACAAACUUACUGUACAAUGGCUUAGUGGGAAUCAACUUGUCAGUGCUGCUAAAAAUAAAACGUUGCAGACCACUGCUGAAGUGGAGAAAACCUUUUCUUACAUAAGUCAAAUAUCAAUCGAUGCUAAAUAUGAAAACAAAACGUACACUUGCAAAGCCACCCAUAACUCUACAGAGUUCAAGCUAGAAUACAACAUGUGCAGAGCAAAGCCUGUGUCCAAACCUUCAGUCCAAGUAAAGAGAGCCCAUCUCAGAGACAUUUUGAAGGAGAACGAAGUCAAAAUUUCUUGUAUUGUUGAAGCGCCAAACGACACUGAAGUGUUAUGGUUGGCAGACAGCGUACAAAAAGCCACCAGGGCUUCCAAAGACCUCAAUAAAUUUGUGAACAACUUGACAUUGUCUAUAGACGAGUGGUUGAAUCUGAAGACCCUUGUUUGUACUGCUAAGCAUCCAUGUUUCCAAGAAGAGCGUAAAAUUCAAAUUGCUGAUACGGAGAAGAAUCCUGUGGUGGUGAUCAGGAGGACUUUCAAUGAAUCAGCUCCGUCGGGCACUGCUUUACUGGAGUGUGUUGUAAAAGAUCUCCCCUCUGGUGAGGUCUGCAUCAACUUCCAGGCCAACCAAGCUGAUAUCUCAGAUUUCACUUGUGUGGACUGGGUCGCUUCUGAAAAAAUUUGGUCCCUGACCACACAUUUUACAAUCCCUAGUGAGCACCAGAAGAAAGGAAACAGUUUUACCUGCAAAGUUCACAUACCCUUCAAAAACUUCAAAUCCAAAGCUGUUGGAAACUUUUUUGAUGAUCCUACCAUAGAGCUUGUUGUUGUUCCCAGUGUGGGUCAAUUCAGAUUGAGCUCAGAGCCACAAAAGCUGCAGUGUUCUGGAAAAGGAUUCGACCUGAAGAUCAAGUGGUUUUCAAACUCUACAGAGAAACGUGACACAGCUUUUGAUGUCUCAAUGAUGGAAAAUGGCUAUGUGAAAGUGUACAGUGAGAUAUUGGUGCCACAGCAAGAGUGGGAUAAAGGGGUCACUUACACCUGUCAAAUUGUUGAUGAACACGGUGGGAAAACUGCUAAAAAAAACACCAGUAUUUGUGCAGUGAUUGCACCUUCCAGUCAGCAGUCAGCGGUUUACCUGCAUGGUCCUUUAAAUUAUGUGAGAUAUGGCACAGCUCUGAAUUUGACCUGUUUGGUUGUUGGUCAGAAUGUCAAGUAUUUCUCCAUCCAAUGGAAAGAGAAUGGAAUCGCUCAUAAUCCAAAUAGCUUUGACCAAACACCUAUAGAUCAUGCCAAUGGCACUCAGAGCAAGAAAAGUAUUUUGGAGGUUUCAUUUGAAACAUGGAAGAGAUAUGCUGUCUUCACCUGUGAGGUAAAGCAUUUGUGCUCUGACGUCACACAGCAGGUGAACAUCUCAAAAAACAGAGACCCCAAACAACCCACUGUGAGGAUCCUCAGACCCUCAGACAGCGAUCUCUCAGGACAAAAUGCUAGCCUUCUUUGCUUCAUCACCGGUUUCUUCCCAUCUGAUAUCUCCGUGCAGUGGCAACUAAAUGGGGAGCAAUUCAAUGAGUCUCACUACACUAACAGUCCUGUGGUUGCUCACACUUCAGGAGGUUUUUCAAUGCAUAGCGCCCUAAUAUUGCCUGCAUCACCGUGGAGAGAAGGCGUGUACUCUUGCAUUGUUUAUCAUGAGUCAUCCCAAAGUCCAUUUAUCGCAAAUUUGGAGAACUUGUAUGCCUCUCUUAUCCAAUCUGCUCCAUCUGCAAAGCUGCUGCUGGGUGCUAGCGAGCUGGUGUGUCUGGCGUAUGGUUUCAGUCCUCCUGUAAUCAACAUCACAUGGCUGUUUGGAAUGGAUGAAGUGUCUGCCCACAAUGAAACCAACCCUGCAAAAGGCCCUGAUGGCAAAUUUAGCAUCCAAAGUCACCUGCAACUCCUGCCUUCAGAUUGGGCACCUGGUGACGUGUACACAUGCAAGGUCACUCAUGAAACUGGUACCCAGUUGCUUAACAUUUCCAAAAAAUCAGCAUUAUUUGAAGAGGCUAUAUUUAUGAAUGAGAACAAACCCGAAUCUAUUGUGCAGGAUACCGUUGAAGAGAUCUGGAAUAUGGCCUGUGCCUUUCUCACCCUCUUCCUCCUCUCUCUUCUCUAUGGAUGCACAGUGACAUUGGUUAAAGUGAAGCUUAAAUGAGCAAAAUCUUUUGUGUGUGUGUGUGUGUGUGUGCGCGCGUGCGUUUUAAUGGCUUCUGGCUGCUUUUAUGGGUUUUUUUAGUGUAGGCAUUUUCUUUAACUUUUCUUAGCUGUGCAAAAGUGAAAUGGUACAACGUUUGGCCCUGUGGACAUUUAAAUAUAAUUAAAUAAAUAUUUUAACACUGUUUACUAAUUAAUUGAAUCUGUCUUCUAACAAUAUCUAGCAGUGUAAAUAUAUCACAGGAGAUUUCUGUCCAACUGAAUCUCAAAUUGUCCAUUGUGAGAACAUUUUGUCACAAAAUAACAUUUUGAUUAAAAUUGUCGAACUCA